GUGGUGGUGGUGGUGGUAUUCGCACAAGACGUACCGGCCUGCUGACUGUAACAGAACGACCGCCAGUGAUAAGUCCUGAGCUUAUACGCGAGGUGGAAUCGCGCAUGAAUCGCAAUUACUUGCCACCUGCUUUAAAAAUGCAGCAACAUCAAUCACAUCCGCACCAGCAUAGCGCAACGAAUCCCACGCUCAGCCAAUCCCCUCCCACUGGCGCCUUUGCGCCUUACCAUUCGUCAUCGAGCGCCAAUAUUUUGCCUACCCAGGCAUUAGCAAAUGCAGCCAUGACGGCACAAGGUCCUCCUAACGCUUCUGGAAAUAGUAGGCGUGUUCAUUUCAAAUCCACCAACAAGCUGCCAACCGUGCAAGAAGUUGGACGCUACAGCCCCGUAAGGCGCGCAUCCGAAGGAUCGAAAGCACAAUUCCAAGGACCAUUACAAGAGUGUCAGUAUCUGCAAAAAGUAUCAGCACAACGUAAUUUUUUGGUUGCACCAACACCGCCACUUUCAGAUAAUUCAAUUAGUUUACCUGGUACCCCCAUACAUGGCAAGCCCGCUCCGCACAUGAUAUUCCGUCGUGGUCAAGAUAUUGAGGUACCACCUGAAGCUGUACGAGCUCUGAUGCCGCAGCUUGAUCGCCUUGUCAGGGAGCAUCGACUGAGCACGGAUAUAGCCAAUAAAGUAAUAGCUACUGGUAUGGUGCCGCUUGACUUAGCGUCCCAUUUGGGCUUGACAGCACAUUCCGCAAGUGCUGCCGUAAGUGGUGGCCACCUAGAGACGGCGUCGUCUCCCAUGCAACACCAAGCAAUGUAUAGUUUGAGUGUGUCGCCACUCUCCUUGCCAAAUAGCGCUAGCGCCAGCGUUAUGGGCGCCGUUAGUGGACCGUUAACGGCACCACCAACUGCAUGUAGCCACAAUAUGGGUGCACACUCGAAACAGAUGCUGGGUCAAGGUCCAUACCAGCAACAGUAUUUGGGUCUAAUGCAUCCGCAAAUGCAUUAUCCCGGCAAUGGACUGGUUGGUCAAUUCAGUCACAUAACACUUAGUGCGGGUGUGAGUACUUGCGCGAGUCCAGGUCAAUUUAGUGGUUCAAAUAGCAGUAGCGGUUGUCAGUCGCCCAUUUAUAGCAGUUUUAGCGGCUCAUCUUCACCCAACCCCUAUAUGCCAGGCGCAGGGCCAUUCAAUCCCUGCAGUAUUGUCGGCAGCGGUGGCGGCGGUGGUGGCUCAUCACCACUGCAUCAAAUUACGAAAGGUAUCUCGGUGCUUUCCACUGGCGGCGGUGGUUCGAUAACACGCGGCACUUCAGCUGCCAGUGAAAUAGCCUCCUCCGCAGCCGCCGCUGCUGCUGCAGCCAAUCAGCCGCUAGAUCUUUCCAUGGAUGUGUGUGCUUCGGACAGCUCUGCUGCGGAAACGCCCACGAAUGCAUUUGCUCAACAACAUGUCAACUGGAUGUUGCCGCAAGUAACUUGCUUCGAUCUCAAGCCGCUAAAUUUGUCGCCAGCACAACCGGUGCGGGUUGUGCCCACGCCACCUGCCUCGCCCAAUCUUUGUAUCAUACAGGAGGAGAAUGCCAAUGGACAAAUGUAUCAUACCAUCACAACGGGUACGCCACAUGCAGGCUGCACCGGCGGGCUAAUCAACGAGGAUUUGGCAUCGCCAUGUCAACCGUCGCAUCCGCAAAUAUGUCUGACAGAUGUGCAGGGCAGCGAGAUCACGUUGGUGGCGCUGAGUUCGGAAAAUAGCCGUGACAGUGACUGCGAUUCGCUAGAGCCGCACACGUCUCUGAUGUCAUUACAGGGACUUAUAAUCACUGAACCUUCCAGCGAUAUGCCUUCGAUUACACGUGGCAUAGGACGCAAAACUAGUUUAGAAUGCGCUAACGACAGCCACACGACGCGUCUAGAAAGCGAUGCCAGCACGUCCAGUAAUGCACAAAACGCCAGCGAUUCACAUCGACGCGGCAGUGAUAAAUCGCUUGGCUUCUCCGACGAUUCACUAAGUAAUGAUUCAAACAAUCUCUCACCCUGUCAAGAGCCUUCCGCUAGCUCCGGCUUCAAAUCGGACUCACAUUCCGAGAUUGGCGAUCAUACCGAGGGACAUUUAUCACCCGAUUCCAUUUGCGAUUCACGACGCAUGUCAGAAGAGAUGUGCUACGAAGUGCCGUUGCCGCAUGAAUGCUCCAACCUUGACCCGACACGCAUACUGGAGUUGGUCAAACAAACCAUUGACCAAACGAUGCCACCAAAAGGUGCAGUCCUGCACAAAGGACUGCCGGAAGAGUACGUUGGUAGCGCGAGCGUAGCUGGAGCAACUGGUGAGACGCGCAUAAGUAACGCCAGCGAAUCAUCAGCGACAUCGAUGGACACAAGCAGUAGCACGUCAGGCUACUGUGGCGGCUUUGGCGGUACCGUUGGAGGUGGCGGUAGCACAAGUACAAAUCUUAGCUUGGAGUACUCGGGCGGCCUACAAAUCGAGUUGCAAGUGUGUGAAGGCCGCAGCCGUGACAAUCAAACGGCUGGCAAAGGUAUCAAACUGCGACGCAUCUCGGGCGAUCAAUUCGAAUAUGGCAAAUUGUGUCAGCAGUUGAUUAACAAGUUAACCAUGCAGCAGGUAGCCGGUUAAGUACAAGUGCAAGUAAAAAGAAUUGUAAGCGUGAGUAAACCGUGAGCACUUUGGAUGUACAUACCUACAUAUGUAUGUAUGUAGUAUGUGCAUAGCAUUUAUGGUAGCACGUGGCGUGGCGUAUAAGUAAGGCGUGUAAAUCAGGAGCGUGUAAAA